GUGUGAGUGUGUGUGUGUGUGUGUGUGUGUGUCUCCGAGGAGGUAUGUGGCAGAUUGUGAGUUCGGGCUUCUCAGCCCUGGGCCUCGCAGCUGGGAGCGUUUACAGCCGGUUAUAAAGAGUUUGUUUGAAGCUCUGCUCAGCCUGGCCAGGAAUUUCCUCAAUUUCAGCAAUUUGGGCUUUAAAAGGAGAAAAACCCAGAGCCCACCCCCCUCCUCCCCAGCAGGGGCCCCAGCCUAGCCAAGGAGCUGCAUCCCGGUGGUGGGGGCUCAGCCGUGGCUGGGUAGGGGAUCUGAGCAGAGUUGACCCAAUUCACUUUUCUGUGCUCUUCGCCCACUUUAGGUUUUAGGGGGUGUUCUGUGCCAGAGGAGUGCCGAAAAGGGUUGACAGUGCCACAUAGACAGGAAAGGCUACCCCUGGGUGUCUCCCUGCAGCCCCCAGUCUUAUAAUUGGCUGGCACUGCCCCGUGCCAGUCCGACCACACCCAGGCCCUUUCACAAGAGAGGAAAUGAGGCAGCGCUCUGCGGGCUGGGAGGGUGUCAGCAGUCAGCACCACUCCACACAGUGGCCUGUGGCAGCACCGGUACCCACAGAGGACAACAGAGGGGUCCUGAAAGGCAUUCCAGCCCAUCCCACAUCUCUCAGCCCAACCCCUCCUGGAGUCUCCCGCCCCCCAAUCUGAAUAGACUCCAAUCACCCUUCUUUCCCCCCCUCCUCUCUCUCCUUUUUCUUUGGGGGACUCUCCCUCCAGCAGGAUUCUUAUGUUAAUUGAGUGUCUGUGUGUUGGGGGGCGGAAGGGCUUCCCUCCUGUGGGGUGGGUGGAGCUACCCAGACCAGCAUCCUGGGCUUUCCUUUUGCCCUCUGGGGCAUGGGGUGGACAUCUGACCAGGUGGGCUGCAUCGGGUCAGAAGAAGGAAGGUGUUCAUGAGCGGUGGAGACGCAGAGCACUAGCUCUGAGGAGAUGGUGCCCAGCUCACCCUCGCCCCCUCCACCUCCUCGGGUCUACAAGCCAUGCUUCGUGUGCAAUGACAAGUCCUCUGGCUACCACUAUGGGGUCAGCUCUUGUGAAGGCUGCAAGGGCUUCUUCCGACGCAGCAUCCAGAAGAACAUGGUGUACACAUGUCACCGAGACAAAAACUGUAUCAUCAACAAGGUGACCCGGAAUCGCUGCCAGUACUGUCGGCUACAGAAGUGCUUUGAAGUGGGCAUGUCCAAGGAAGCUGUGCGGAAUGACCGGAACAAGAAAAAGAAAGAGGUGAAGGAAGAAGGCUCGCUUGACAGCUAUGAGCUGAGCCCCCAAUUAGAAGAGCUCAUCACCAAGGUCAGCAAAGCCCAUCAGGAGACCUUCCCUUCUCUCUGCCAGCUGGGAAAAUACACCACGAACUCCAGUGCAGACCACCGGGUACAGCUGGAUCUGGGACUGUGGGACAAGUUCAGUGAGCUGGCCACCAAGUGCAUCAUCAAGAUUGUGGAGUUUGCCAAGCGGCUGCCUGGCUUCACAGGGCUCAGCAUUGCCGACCAGAUUACUCUGCUCAAGGCUGCCUGCCUGGACAUCCUGAUGCUUCGGAUCUGCACAAGGUACACCCCAGAGCAGGACACCAUGACCUUCUCUGACGGGCUGACCCUGAACCGGACUCAGAUGCACAACGCUGGCUUUGGACCCCUCACUGACCUCGUCUUUGCCUUUGCUGGGCAGCUCCUGCCACUGGAGAUGGAUGACACAGAGACUGGUCUGCUCAGUGCCAUCUGCCUCAUCUGCGGAGACCGCAUGGACCUGGAGGAACCUGAAAAAGUGGACAAGCUACAGGAGCCACUGCUGGAAGCCCUGAGGCUAUAUGCCCGGCGGCGGCGGCCCAGCCAGCCCUACAUGUUCCCAAGGAUGCUCAUGAAAAUCACUGACCUCCGGGGCAUCAGCACCAAGGGAGCAGAAAGGGCCAUUACCCUGAAGAUGGAGAUUCCAGGCCCGAUGCCUCCCCUGAUUCGAGAGAUGCUGGAGAACCCUGAAAUGUUUGAGGACGAUUCCUCGCAGACUGGUCCCCAACCCAAGGCCUCUAGCAAGGAUGAGGUUCCGGGGGGCCAGGGCAAAGGGGGCCGUAGCCCUCAGCCUGACCAGGGCCCCUGAUUUCCCCUGCCAUGGGGGUUGGGGCUCCAGGCAGCAGACUGACCAUCUCCCAGACACCACCAGUGACUGGGGGAGGACCUGCUCUGCCCUCUCCCCACCCCUUCCAAUGAGCUCCUUGUUUUUGCCAAAGUUUCCAAGGGGGUACCUUUGUGUUCAUUCCCUUCCUGCUCUAACGGGCUCCCUUUCCAGUCUUGGGAGCCUGCCCUGCUCCCUCCAGGAAAGAGGGCAGAGGGCUGAGCCUGGGUUUGGACUGUAAAAUCUCAACACUGCCCUAGGACACCAGGGUCCCAAUCUCCCCAGGGCAGGAGGAAGACCCUGCCAUUCCACAGUCCCUUCCUCUGCCCGGUGCUUAGGCCUCUGGGAGCAAACAGGAACACUAGAGACCAAAAGAGGGGUGAAGGGGGCGGGCUGAGCCCACCCUCUUGCCCUUGCCCUUGGUGCCUAAUGCUGCGUAAAUGCACCCACUGGGUGCAUGCUACCCUCUAUGCCCCAUCCUCAUGCCAGGCCCUGCAUUUCUGUGGGGGUCCAGAGGGUGAAAGCUACAGAUGCAGGCCCAUUCUGCACCUCUUUGCUUGGGCCCAGAGUUUACCUUUGUGCCCUCUGUUAUAAGCCCCUCCCCAGUCCUGUCAUGUGCCUUGGGCUCUCCCUGCCCCCCAUCUCAGCCAUGGGGCAGGGACCCUCCUACACUACAGAGGGGCCAGGGGACCCCUCUGCCCCUAGUGCCUUCCUCCCUGACCCCCAGAGCAGCUUGGCCCAGGGAGAGGGGGGGUGGGUGCUGCUUAGCUGAUCCUGCCCUGACCCAGAGGAAGCCUCUAUUUAUUUAUUAGCUUUUGUUUACACCCUGGAAUUGACCCCUUCCUCUAGGGGUCUUGGGAGGGGGAGCCCAGGGCCCCUGUGACUCUCCCCUUCUUCCUCCAAUCCCCAGUUUGUAUUUAGCUGCCAAAUAAGAUUCCCACUGGCUCCCCUUUUUCCUGGGGGGUCAGGGUGCUGUCCCUUCCCCUCUGUUUACAUCUCCCCUCCACCCCGCUGUAUCGCAUAUUGCUGAGUUUUCUAUUUUUGCAAAAUAAAGUGAUAGAAACUCA